CGCACACCUUAAGACAUACUGCACACACCACGCAUAGAGAGAAGUGUUGCAAAGAGCGAGAGAGAUAUACAUAUACACACGUUUUCCCCGCAACGGGAGGUCGUCCGAUUGAGGAAGGCCAUCGCCGGAAUAUCAUGCCGGCACCACCACCUCCUCCUCGAGCAACCUCCUGACCCGACGACACUCUGCUGCUGUUGUAACCUAAGUUCCUGUUAUUGUACGGGACAUCUCUCAGCUCACCACGUAAUAUCUUCCCUGUACUGUUUUUUGCCUUGCGGCGACGGCAGCAGCAGCCACCACCACAGAGACAAAUUGUGCCGCCAGGAUGUCGCACGAUGACGAUGUUGGCUUUCUUUACAAGACUAUGAUUGAGAGGGAUCCAAAGAAGCGAAGAGUAAAACCAGUAGAGUCAGCUCAUGCAUCUCUUUUGGAUUUUGAUCUAGGAGAGAGCUCAGAUGACAGUGACUUUCGAAUAGAAGAUCACUGCGAAGAAUCUGAUGAUGACUCAGUGGACUCUAAUGGAAAUGGAAAAGCCAACGUUUUUGCAGAUGACGACAAUGACGACGAAGAUGACAGCGAUAGUGAUUCCGACGAGUCGUCGGACGUGGCAUUAUUUGGCAAGAAAACUAGUAAUGACGUUAAUGCCGGCGAGGCGAAAACUGGUGAUCUUGUUGAGCAGGCUCGUCAGCAGACUGAAAAAGUUGGACCUCUGGAGGACAAACUUGCCAAGAUGCUCAUCUGCUGUGGCUGUCUCGGCGAACGGAGCGACGAUAUCAAUGAGAUUGUCGAGUGCGAUGGUUGUGGGGUCACUGUUCAUGAGGGUUGUUACGGCGUAUCAGACGUGGAGAGUUUCUCGAGUAAAGAUUCGUUAUCGCAGUCAGCACCGUGGUUUUGCGAAGCUUGCAGUGCGGGCGUCGAAGACCCGGAUUGCGAGCUCUGCCCAAAUCGAGGUGGUAUAUUCAAGGAGACUGACGUGGGUAAAUGGGUUCAUCUCGUCUGUGCUCUUUAUGUGCCUGGUGUUGCGUUCGGCGAAGUCGAUCGAUUAACGAGCGUAACGCUAUUCGAGAUGCAGUACAACAAGUGGGGCGCCAAAGCAUGUUGCCUAUGCGACGAUGUGAGAUACGCUAGGACUGGUGUAUGUAUAGAAUGCGAUGCUGGAAUGUGUCACACAUACUUUCACGUUACCUGUGCCCAACGAGAAGGCCUACUUUCCGAAGCACAUCACGAAGAAGCCGAUCACGCAGAUCCUUUUUACGCGCAUUGUAAGCUUCACUCUGAUAAAGCUCUUGUACGUAAAAGAAAACGUAAUUGGCUAGCGUUACAGUUGAGAGCUUCAUAUAGAUCGCAAAUGCUCAAGAAACCUGAAUACGUAGGGACUGAAGAGUUUCAAAGGAUCCAACGAAAACUCGCCAAGCAUCGACAAAAGUAUCUUGCACAUAAAGCUACCAAGCCACCACCUUGGGUGCCAACGCAAAAGAUGCCACGCUGUAUAACGACCUCAGCCUCGGCAAUACGACAUCUCACUCGUAAAGCCGAAUUAAUGGGUAUAGACGCAGAAGCAUUGGAAAGCCAAGAAGAACAAAUAGCUUCGUUAAGGGACAUUCGAAAAAAAUGGCACAUUCCACCAGCGUUCAGUGUCGAAUUCAUUAGUUAUUUCAUCGACCGACAAACACGAACUGAAUUACUGAAAAAUCGACUGCAAGAGUACAUACAAGCAAAUGCAAAAUUACUUGGUGAACAACAAGAAUUGGAUAAAAAGUAUGAUGAAGCGAUGAGGCUUAAUGAGGAACAAGUCAAGGCAUAUGAGGAUUGCCGAGAGAAGGUAGAGUUGUAUCAUAGGGUAUUGAAAGGACUUGGGUAUACCAAACAUAUUCCUGGAAUCGAGGAGCUGGUCGCGCCGAAACCUUCUGCAGUUAUCGGUCCACCAACACCAUCGAUCGCAGCUUUGAAAGCAACCUCCACACCAACCCUGACAACUCGAUCAGAUCUAACUCAAACACCGCCUGUCGAGCAAAACCAUGUAGUAACGCCACUGCAAGUGAGACAUCAGUGUGGUAUAUGCAGACGUUCGACUAAUCAGCAUCUCCUGGCGAAAUGCGACACUUGCCAUUUACAUUACCAUCUCUCCUGUCUCACUCCGCCACUCACGCGAAUGCCCAAAAAAACUAAACUAAUGGGAUGGCAAUGUUCCGAAUGUGACAAAGAAUCAUCGAACUCGGACGUUGAACGUGUAGACACAUCGGCACCAAGAAGAUUGAGGCACUGCAAGGAGGAAGCAUUGAGUUUUAACGCGGCAACUACUAUCAUCGAAGAAGCUCUAGUGCACAAACCACCCAAAAAUACGAAAAAACGCUUAUCCAAUGCAAAACCACCUCCAGCUGCCAUCCCCGCCGCUAUUGCAAAUACUCCAGUUACUGUAAAUAAUACUAGUAGCGAGAAUAAUAUGGCUAAUGCUUUUCCUCAUACUCCUAAGGUAACAAUAAAACCGAUGGGACCACAACCUCAGGAAGCGGCGCAAGUGCCGAUGCAAGUGGAGGAGGUCAAUUACAAUCACCACUUAGUCAACAACUCACUCUUACCAAUGAGAGAAGGUACUCCAGAAUACAGGAUGGCACCACUGGACGGUGGUGUCUUCGAACAUACUUCCAGCCGUAGUGGCAAAAAGAGAAGAAGGGAAAAGCACAAACGUUAUACUCCGGAUCCGAUAACCGGAGUAAAACAAAGAAAACGAAAGCACAAAAGAAAGAGUCUCGAUAUGGAGAAUCCACAGAAUCAUAAUCCACAUGAAGUUCAUCGUCGGAUCACGAUCAAGAUAAAACCAAUUCCAUUACCAGAAGGCGAAGUGGCAACGAACGCGACACCUCAGCUAUUCGUGGCAUCGUCGACAAGUACAGAAAUCACGCCACCGAAACCUAAGCUACAGCCUCUACCACCACCAGCGCCUACGCCUUCAACGUCGUUUCAAGUUGCCUCAUUACUUGGCACGCCACCGACGACGAAUGCUAAUGCAACUAAUGCAAAUAGAUUAUCGUCUGGUAGUAGAAAGAACAAGGAUGCCGAUCUUGUCACGCAGUGCACCAUCUGCAAUACUCUUGGGACUAAUCAAAAUUGCGUCAUGUGUGAUGAAUGUAAAAGGUGCUAUCACUUUACAUGUUUGGAUCCUCCGGUGAAAAAAUCUCCAAAGAGACGAGGAUACUCUUGGCAUUGUGCAGACUGCGAUCCUACUGGCUCGGAACCCGAGAAGUAGCAUCAAAUGAACUGAAUCAUACUAAAGCACGCUAAACAAAACUGUAAAAUUUUGUACAUUUGUCAAUGAAGAAAAAAUGAAAUGUCUAUGUAUAAGGUACGUAGAUACGUAGAGUGAAAAUCCGAAUGUGAGUGGAUGAAAAAAAAAGAAAAAAUGUUACGCUCCCAAAAUGACUUUCUGUCUCUGUUCGACAGAAGUUUACAAUUUAUGGCGGCGUUGUAAUUAUGAAUAAUGCAUUAUUUAGUAAUGAACUUUUUUUAUAAGUAUACAUGAUUUUUCAUACACUUUGACAAAAAAAGAAGUGUAAACUCGUGAAAUCCAAUCAUGUCGAAAGAACAAGGAACACGUAUGUUUCUUUGUAACUUGCUAGUAUUGUAUUCGACGAUAGAUAUUUAAAAUAAAUUGUAAACCUUGCAUCCCAAUUGUCACAAUAUUCUAACGAUGUUCUCGGUAGACAUAUUAUUUAUGAUCUUAUUUUUCUUGCUUUCUUUUCGACACAUUUUAUUAGUAAAACUUCGUUGAUACAGUUUUCUUUUGACUUGUAAGAAAAUGAAAUAUUUAAUUAAAUUUAACUUUACAAAAGUUUUACCAAUUCCGAGGUGAUACUUCGUUAAUUGUGACCUGGUUGCAAGGCAUUUUUAAUUGAGGUAUUGAGAAAUAAUGGAAUUACUAUCGACAGCGAAUUAAUUUUUUUACUUCUUUUUAUAAACGAUUUGCAGUGUAAAAUCUGACAGCAAUACUGUGAUUGAUUAUUCUUUUUUAGAAAAAUUUACCAUUGAUUUUGUGUUUUUUUUCUUUUUAUUUAUUUAUUUAUUUAUUUUUAUUUUUUUUUGCAAGACUUUUGUCAUCAAUGCCUCAAUUUUAGUCUAAUUUAUCAUUGUGUUUUAUGGUAAAUUAUAUAUAGGAUCAUUGAAUUGAAGAAUUAUUAUAUUCUUGUGCAAAAUUAUUGGCAACAUUUGAAUUGGGUUAGUCAAAACGCAAAAAAAAAUAUU